CUCCCGAGACGACAAUCCAUGCAGCACACGCCCCAUGUACCCCGGAUUUCUAUCAGGCUGUCAGUCGUCUGGGGAAAUUGAUCUCAAUUGGUCCGAUAAUGCUUGAUUAUGCGCUCCUCCCUCCGGUUAUCUCCAACCCCCAUGAUGGGUCCAUUUUGCGUCGACGAAUCAAUGAGUCACGAUCCUUUGUAAAGGAGCAUUGAUCAUUAGUCGGCUGAUACCUAAGAUACCGGUGUCAUCAGAAGGAGAGACCUGAUAGAUAGAGCUCCGGCUCUAAAUAUACAGGCUUUCCAUGACGGGGAGCCCUUUCUUGAGGGCAUUAGUCGUCAGUCACAUUGUGAAGACGAGAUCAAUUCUAUUUCUCAAUUUUCUUUUCUCUAUUACAAUGGAGGUCAAGAAAGACCCAUCAUACACUGUUGACGAUGAUAAUGUAUCAUCCGCUGAGGGACAAUUCGAUGUCACCAGCCCCUCAUAUCGUCGUUUGCCUGAGUGCCUUCAGGGACUAGGUGAGGAUGAGAUUGCCCAGCUGAACAAGAAGCUUGUCCGAAAGAUCGAUCUCCUCGUCCUUCCUACAAUCGGUAUACUCUAUAUUCUCAACUAUAUCGACCGACAGAAUCUUGCCUCCGCAAAGCUUCAAGGUAUCACCGAUGACCUGAACAUGACAACCCAACAGUUUGCGACGGCAGUUAGUAUCCUGUUCGUGGGCUAUCUGCCUUUCCAGAUUCCCAGCAACUUGCUUAUCACGAAGUUCUCCCGUCCUGGAAUGUAUAUCUGUGCUGCCGUGGCACUCUGGGGCUGCAUCUCUGCUGCGACGGCCGCAGUCCAGAGCUAUGGUCAACUUCUCGCCGUCCGAGCCAUUCUUGGAGCGGCUGAGGCCGUCUUCUUCCCCGGUGCUAUAUAUUACCUCUCUGCCUGGUACACGAAGGCUGAGCUCGGGAAGCGCAUUGCUGGCUUGUAUAUUGCACAGCAGGUGGGCAAUGCCUUUGGUGGCCUCUUCGCUGCUGCUAUCUUACAGCUCGACGGUGUGCACGGUAUCCGUGGCUGGCGAUGGCUUUUCAUCAUUGAAGGCAGUGCUACGGUCGGAAUCGGCGUCGUCUGUGCUUGUAUCAUGCCAGAGUUCCCCCACAAUAGUCGCAUCCUCUCUCCGGACCAGCGUGCUCUCGCCGUAUGGCGUAUCGAAUCGGAAGCCGGUGCAGCCGAGGGGACAGAACAGGAGAGCGUGCUCCGAGGCUUUGCCAAAGCCUUGUCCGACCCCAAGCUGAUUCUCCUGAUUCUCUGCAACAUGCUUUCCCAAGUCCAGGGGUCCAUCGCCAACUAUUUCCCGACCUUGGUGGCCUCUUUGAAUUUCUCCCACACCAUCAGUCUGCUUUUGACCGCACCGCCAUAUAUCCUCGCCGGUGCCGUCUAUUAUGCGAUCAUGUACUAUUCCGAUCGCAAGAACACCGUCUACCCAUUAAUUCUGAUGUGCAUCUCGAUUUCGAUCGUCAUGUACAUCAUCUCGAUGACCACACUGAACGUGGGUGCACGGUACUUUUCGAUGGUCAUUCUACCUUUUGCCUCAGUGGGGCCUCAGCUCCUUCUAUACAAGACCAUCAAUCUUCAUCUUGCACGUCCCAUAUCCAAACGUGCGGCUGCCUCUGCGCUGGUCAAUGCCAUUGGAGGUACAUCGAAUAUCUGGGCCUCGUAUCUUUACUACUCGUCACCGCAUUUCUAUGCGGCGUUCGGGGCUCUCAUGGCCGCUGCGCUGUUGCUCGGAGUGACCAUCACUGUCUAUCGCUGGCUGAUUUUGCGCGAGAACAAGCGACUGGACUCGGGCGAUCCUGAUCAAAUUGCAAAGGCCAUCAAGGGUGGCGUGACUGAGGAAAUGGUGCAACUCAAUUGGCGAUAUGAAAUGUACUAAGGCGGUUUGGAAUGGGGUGGUCAGGAAGUAGUCUACGUGCGGAAUUCUCGUACUUUAACGCCGAAUGUUUUUUUGUUCGUAAUUUGCCACCGAUUAUCAAAUUGAAGAUGAACCUCCUAGCCGC